CGCCAACUUGUCCAACUCACACUUCCGCUUCUGCGUGUAAAAAGUUGUGAAAAAUCUGGAAGAAGUUUAGCUCUGCAGGAACUUUAAAAGCAACACUACGUUGAGGUUUCUGACAAGGUAACGAGCAUUUUAAAAGGCCGAAGCAGACGCGGAGUAAUUCUCCUCCUGGACAGCUGCUUAGAAGCGAAGUCAUGUCGACGGGAGCCUUGUACAACGACCAGCAAGGAGGAGCGGAGGCUGCGGUGGAAGCGGGGCAGGAGACCACCCCGACCUCCUCCGGCACCGGGGUUGCCUUUGGACUUUUCAGCGCCGACUUUAAAAAAAAUGAAGACCUGAAAGAGAUGCUGGAAAGCAACAAGGAGUCUCUCAAGCUGGAGGCCAUGAAGAGGAUUGUUCAACUUAUUUCUAAAGGGAAAAAUGCUUCUGACUUGUUUCCUGCUGUGGUGAAGAAUGUUGCAAGCAAGAACAUUGAGCUGAAGAAGCUUGUGUAUGUGUACCUGGUGAGGUAUGCAGAGGAACAGCAAGACUUGGCUUUGCUGUCAAUAAGCACCUUUCAACGGGCCCUGAAGGAUCCAAACCAGUUUAUCCGAGCGAGUGCCUUAAGGGUCCUGUCCAGUAUUCGUGUUCCAAUCAUCGUCCCCAUAAUGAUGCUGGCCAUCAAGGAGGCAGCUUCGGACCUUUCCCCUUAUGUCAGGAAGACCUCGGCACAUGCUAUCCAAAAACUCUACAGCUUGGAUCCAGAACAGAAGGAGCAGCUGAUUGAAGUGAUUGUGAAACUAUUGAAAGACAAAAGCACGCUGGUGGCCGGCAGUGUUGUAAUGGCAUUUGAGGAGGUGUGCCCGGAUCGCAUUGAUCUGAUCCACAAGAACUACAGGAAGCUGUGUAACCUGCUGGUGGACGUGGAGGAGUGGGGCCAAGUGGUCAUCAUCAACAUGCUGACGCGCUACGCCAGGACGCAGUUCACCAGCCCCUGGAAGGAGGACGCCGUUUUUGAUGAGAACAACGAGAAAGCGUUUUACGACUCUGACUCCGAGGAGAAGCAAGGCGAGAAAGAAGCAAAGCCUUACAUCAUGGAUCCAGAUCACAGGCUUCUUCUGAGAAACACCAAGCCUCUUCUGCAGAGCAGGAACACUGCUGUUGUGAUGGCUGUUGCUCAGCUUUACUGGCAUCUAGCCCCUAAACAUGAAGUAAGCAUCGUCACCAAAUCACUAGUUCGACUCUUGAGAAGCCACAGAGAGGUUCAGUACGUUGUGCUACAGAACAUCGCCACCAUGUCCAUUCAGAGGAAGGGGAUGUUUGAGCCAUACAUGAAGAGCUUCUAUGUCCGGUCCACAGAUGCCACGCACAUAAAAACACUGAAGUUGGAGAUCCUGACUAAUCUCGCCAACGAAGCUAACAUUUCCACCAUCCUAAGGGAAUUUCAGACCUACGUGAAGAGCCAGGAUAAGGCGUUUGCCGCUGCAACCAUCCAGGCCAUCGGCAGGUGUGCCACCAACAUCUCAGAGGUUACGGACACCUGCCUCAACGGCCUGGUGUUGCUGCUUUCCAACAGAGAUGAGACGGUUGUGGCUGAGAGCGUGGUGGUCAUCAAGAAGUUGCUGCAGACUCAGCCCACUCAGCACAGUGACAUCAUCAAGCACAUGGCCAAGCUCUUUGACAACAUCACUGUUCCCAUGGCCCGGGCCAGCAUCCUGUGGCUGAUGGGAGAGUACUGCGAGAGGGUGCCUAAGAUAGCACCAGAUGUACUCCGAAAGAUGGCAAAGACUUUCACUUCUGAAGAGGAUAUAGUAAAGCUGCAGAUUGUCAACCUGGCGGCAAAGCUGUACCUGACCAACUCGAAGCAGACCAAGCUGUUGACCCAGUACAUUCUGAACCUCGGCAAAUAUGACCAGAACUAUGACAUCAGAGACCGAACACGCUUCGUCAGACAACUGAUUGUGCCCAACGAGAAGAGCGGCGCCCUCAACAAGUACGCCCGGCGCAUCUUACUGGCCCCCAAACCAGCUCCAGUCCUUGAGUCUGCUUUCAAAGGGCACUUAGGUCAGACCCCUUUACCUUGGACUAAUGAGAUGGACAGAGACCGUUUCCAACUGGGAACCCUCUCACAUAGUCUUAACAUUAAAGCUACUGGGUACCAGGAGCUCUCGGACUGGCCAGCAGUUGCACCGGAUCCGUUUGUGCGGAACGUGGAGGUGAUUGAACCGGUACAAGAGUGGGCACCAUCUGUUGGGAAAGCCAAGAAACCCAAAUCUGCCGACAAGUUCUACUCAGACGAUGAAGAGAAAGAAGAGGAAGGAUCUGUUAGUGGCAGUGAAGACAGCAGCAGCAGUAGUGAAGAGUCGGGCAGUGAGAGUGAAGAAGAAAGCAGUGAAGAGUCGGAGAAGACCUCGAGCGAUUCUGGAAAGAGUUCGAGUGGAUCCGAAGUGAGCUCCAGUGAGUCUGAACCAGAACAAAAAAAGAAGAAACAAAUUAAGAAGGCCAACGUGAGGAGAAGCAAGCAGACUGCUGCUGACAGUGCCUCAGAUGAAAAUGGAAAUGGACCUGUGAGCAAAACUAGCAGCUCAUCUGCUGAAAGCUCCUCCGACUCCGAGUCGGAUUCUGAGGAGGACUCCGACUCUGACUCUCCAGCUUUGCAGAAGAAGACCGUUGUAAAGACUGAACCAAAGGUGGAGGUGAGGUCCAAGAAGGAAGUCUCUUUACUGGAUCUAGAUGACUUUUCUCCUGCACCCCCAAGUGCACCCAAGUCCUCGGUCUUCUCUUCAAGCUUACUGUCCGACCUUGAAGGCCUCUCACUCUCCGUCUCGUCCACCAUGCAGGUCACUACUUCGUCAUUUGGCCCUGUGAAAACCUAUGAGCUACUCCACCAUAUGACAGGAAAAGGGCUGUCAGCCAAGUACCAUUUCCCCCGGCAAACAUGUUUGUACCAGCCCAGUAUGGUUGCAGUUCAGGUCAUACUGACGAACGGCUCAGAUCACAGCCUGGAAGAGAUCCAUAUAGGAGAUCGGAGCCCAGCGAGCCUGAAUAUCCACUGCUUCAACACUGUUGAGCGGUUGGAGUCAGAGGCCUCAGUGACCGUGUCCAUGGGUAUCGACUUCAGUGACUCAACACAAGCAGCCAACUUCCAGUUAUGCACCAAGGAGGACCAGUUCAGUGUGUCCAUUCAGCCUGCUGUAGGAGAGCUGUUGAUGCCCAGUACCAUGAAAGAAUCAGACUUCUGCAACGAGCAAAAAAAGCUCAUGGGUAUGAAUGAGACUUCAGCAACCAUCACCAUGGCAACUGCUAACACCUCCAAGCAGAACAUCAGCAAGCAGGUCCUGUCUGUGGCUAACGUAGGAGUGGUUUCAUCAGACCAAAACAACCUUCAAAGGUUUGCAGGGCGCACCAUCAGCAGCAGAGCUCUGGUCCUGGUUACACUGGAGUUAAGAGAGUCCUCCACUGCCCUCCUCACCAUCAACACAGAGAAAAGCGUCAUGGCGUCCAUGUUGCUCAGAGAUCUCAAACAAGCCCUCUCCCAGGCGUAGAUCAAAUUCCUAAAAAUGGGGAAAAACUCGUAUCUGAAGACUUCAUAUAUUUUAUUCCCAUAUUUUGGGGCAGUUCUGGAUCUGUUAAUAAGUGCAUGGCACUUUUAGUCAAUAUCCGGGAGACGUAACUCAGAAUGGAUUGGAAGCAAUGAAGAACCCCUGUUCAGUAUUUCCUAUUUAAAAGGUUGGUGUCUUUAGCAAGGAUUGUCCUGAAGCAUCCGAAUAAAUAUGUGAAAGUCUUGGCAGUAUUGUCCAUCCCCUCACCUACAUGGCAUCACAGAUACCACCUUUUCAGAUAUGACACUUAUCUCAUUGCCAAAACAAAACACUGACAACACUCCAUUCACUAAAAUGCUGUUUAUCUGAAACGUAUGGAAUGAUAGAAUUGCCACAAAACAAAUAAAUUUGUAAAUUAAUUAAUUGAAAAACUUUAGUUUUUCAAUUAAUUAAAAAUUUAAAUAUUGUUUUCUUUUUUGUUGUUUUCGUUUUGCUUUUUUUUUUUUUUUAUCCCUACAAUUUUUCAGAUGAAAAGAAUUAGCAUUUGACAACCGAACACACAUUAUUAGAUGUAACACAAGUAAAAGCGAAUCGACCAAAUGUUAAAAAAAAAGGAACAAAAGCUUAUUUAUUCAAACAUAAAUAAGCUUUGCCCAUUAAUUCUCAGAAGUUGGAACAUUUAAUUUGAAUGAUAAACACAGGAGAGUUUCCAUAUUCAUUAAAUUCUGUAUUUCAUAUUUUUUUUGUCUUCUCGUGUUUAUGUAUAUUUUCUCAUCCUUGUUUAAUUUUAUUAUUUUUUUAUUAUAAUUAAUCCUAUUUUUUACAAAUUUAUUUUUCCUCUAAUGCCACUCCUGUCAUUCCAUAACUUCGAAGCUUAUAUAAAAUUAUUCCUAUCAAUUUGACUAAAUAUACCUGUUUUGAAAUUGCCACACUGAAACAGGCCAUCGUCACUGUAAUCCCCUUUUUACUUGCCAAGGACGGGGAGAAGCUGACUUUUCCAUCAGGAAACUAUAAAGUAGCUUUACAUUCCAACCCGUAGACAGAUCUCAUUGAUUGAUGGCCAAAGUGCCUUCAGUCGGUAAUAAUGUUACGUAGAAAACCAAUGAUCAAUUAGGCUCUGAAGUCUUUUUGUCUGUAUGCUUUUUCUGAUCAAUAAAAUGUGACUUUGUCAAUA